UCCCACUCUAACAGCGCAUGCGCGGAUCUGUUUGCGCUCAAGGGGACAUGUACACUGAUCAUCAGGGCACUGAUGAUCAGUGUGCCCUGAUAAUCAGUGUAGCCCCAGCAGUGCCACCUGUCAGUUUCCAUCAAUGCCAGCUGUCACUGCUCAUCAAUGCCACUUGCCAGUGCCCAUCAGUGCCACAUCAAUGCCACAUAUCAGUGCCUACCAGUGCACAUCAAUGCCACAUAUCAGUGCCAUCUGAGCUGCCUUUCAGUGCCACCUAUCAGUGCCAGUCAGUGCUACCUAUCAAUGCCAGUCAGUGCCACCGAUCAGUGCGCAUCAGUGCCACCUAUCAGUGCCACCUAACAGUGCCAGUCAGUGCCACCUAACAGUGCCGGUCAGUGCCGCCUAUCAGUGCCAGUCAGUGCCACCUAUCAGUGCCGCCUAUCAGUG